AUGAUCUGUGCCUUCCUCUCUGUAUCACUGAUACUCUCUUCUCAUGCGCCGCCUCCUGUAUCGUCGCGCUGGGUACCAAGACACGACCGUUCAGAGUUUUCGUCCAACACAACAAGAUCCUUGGAUUUUGUCGUGUCCAGAUUCGACGAAUCGGCCGCUCAAGUCGCACAGCAGAUCAACUCUCUGUACGCACUCCCAAGCAUUAACUCUCUAGCGUCGCGCCUCGUGGUCUACAGCACAGGAGGCGAUGAGACAGACCAUUUCGCAAAGGACCUGCGGCAAUUUCUGCAUCCAGGCAUCAGUCUCUUGGUCUCGCAACGACCAAAUGUAGGCCGAGAAGCAGCAGCCUACCUCACUCACAUCCUCUCCAGCUACCACAACCUCUCAGACCAUACUUUCUUCCUUCAAGCCGAAAUGCACUCGCCCGAUAUGGUUUACCCGCGACUUAAGAACUACUUUGUCUCUCAAACAGGCUUUUUGUCUCUCUCAGACACACAUUAUGAUUCCAACACUUGUGUUCGUCAACCUUGGGACCAUUCGACAUGGUCAGAAGACCCCGAGGUCUUGGGUGCCAUCUACAAGCAAGCCAAUAUCACAGGCUGCAAAGACUAUGCUCUUACCUACCGCGGUCAAUUCAUCGUUUCUCGGUCUCGUAUUCUGGCACAGAAUCAUCAACUAUAUUCACAUUUGCUGCAUAACUUGAUGGAUCCUGAUGCAGUGACGCAUUCAGAGGAGUAUAUGCAACAGCCUUGGUUGCCAAGUAAACAGGAUAGUCUCAAUGCACCUUUGUUUGGGUAUACGGUAGAGAGAUUAUGGGCAUUGGUUUUUGGAUGCGAGGGGAAGAUGGAUAAGUGUCCGAGUUUGGUAUCUGGUACUGUGAGGCAUGGUUUGGGAUUAGGCAUCAAAGGAGAUGUAGGAGAUUGUCAGUGUUUAGAUUUUUGA